AUGCUUAGAACAAGAAUCAACACAGCACGCUCCAUUUGUUCAUCUCUUUUCAGAACCAAUUCUUAUAGUUAUUCCACUUCCUUCCUCUUCGACGAUACACAGAUUCAGUUUAAAGAGAGUGUUGCUCAAUUUGCUAAUGAAAAUAUUGCUCCUCAUGCUUCCAAAAUUGACCACACUAACUAUUUCCCAAAGGAGGUUAACUUGUGGAAAAGUAUGGGAGAAUUUAAUCUCCAUGGGAUUACUGCACCAGAGGAGUAUGGAGGGCUUGGUCUAGGUUACUUGUAUCAUUGUAUAGCAAUGGAAGAGAUUAGCCGUGCUUCAGGAUCGGUUGGUCUUUCUUAUGGUGCUCAUUCUAACCUAUGUAUCAAUCAACUGGUGAGGAAUGGAAGCCAUGCUCAGAAAGAGAAAUACUUGCCAAAGCUUAUCUCGGGGGAUCACGUGGGAGCUUUGGCGAUGAGUGAACCCAAUUCUGGGUCUGAUGUUGUCAGCAUGAAAUGCAAGGCUGAUCGUGUAGACGGGGGAUAUGUACUUAAUGGCAACAAGAUGUGGUGUACUAAUGGGACAGUUGCUCAAACAUUAGUUGUCUAUGCAAAAACAGACAUAACAGCAGGGUCAAAAGGAAUAACUGCAUUCAUCAUCCAGAAGGGAAUGCCUGGAUUCAGUACUGCACAGAAACUGGAUAAACUAGGAAUGCGAGGAAGUGAUACAUGCGAGCUUGUCUUUGAGAACUGCUUUGUUCCGGAAGAAAAUGUUCUUGGGAAGGAAGGAAAAGGAGUCUAUGUCAUGAUGUCAGGGUUGGAUCUGGAAAGGCUUGUUUUAUCAGGUGGUCCCCUUGGUAUUAUGCAGGCAUGUCUCGAUGUUGUCCUUCCUUAUACUCGACAAAGAGAGCAAUUCGGUCAUCCUAUUGGGGAGUUUCAGUUUAUACAGGGAAAAGUUGCGGACAUGUAUACGUCUUUACAGUCCUCAAGGUCUUAUGUGUAUUCUGUAGCUCGGGACUGUGAUAACGGAAAAGUUGACCCGAAGGAUUGUGCUGGAGUUAUACUUUGUGCAGCUGAAAGAGCAACGCAGGUUGCUUUGCAGGCGAUACAAUGUUUAGGUGGGAAUGGCUAUGUGAAUGAGUAUCCAACCGGUCGUCUCCUUAGAGAUGCUAAACUCUACGAGAUCGGAGCCGGAACAAGUGAGAUCAGAAGAAUGAUUAUUGGACGUGAGCUCUUCAAGGAACAAUGA